UUAUGUUUUGACUGAUAGGGAUUAAGUUUUGUCUUUUGUCUGUCUCGCAGAAGACUUAACAGAACAAUAAGGGUCCUCAGUACUGACUGAUAAGCGCGAGAGACAAGAGUCAUGUUAUUGUGUGUGCUACUGACCUGCGUGAAUAGAGCUUCUCUGUUUUUUGCAUGACAGGAUUUUGCAUACGAUGACUCCAAAGUGGAAUUCAAUGUUGAUGCUCCUAACGGUGUCGUGAUGGAGGGAUACCUGUUCAAGAGGGCGAGCAAUGCUUUCAAGACAUGGAACAGGCGAUGGUUUUCAAUACAGAACAGUCAGUUAGUGUAUCAGAAGCGACUAAAAGACACUUUGACUGUGGUUGUGGAGGACCUGCGGCUUUGCUCUGUGAAACCAUGUGAGGACAUCGAGAGAAGGUUCUGUUUUGAAGUGGUGUCACCUACAAAGAGCUGUAUGCUGCAGGCUGAAUCUGAGAAGCUCCGUCAAGCUUGGAUUCAAGCAGUUCAGGCGAGCAUUGCGUCUGCCUACAGGGAGAUUUCUGAGAACUAUUAUAUUGAG